CCGCCCCUUCCGGUCGGGUCCGCCCCGGCUUCUCCGGACCCCACGUGUGUUCUGCCUGGAUCCCCUGUGUGAGCUGAGGCGCCGCCGUCGGUGAGGCUGCCCGACGUGGAGUGCGGAGGUCCCCGGGGCGCGAGGACGUCACCAUGCCUAAAGCACUAAAGGGAAAAGGUGUAGGACGAGAAAAAAAAGUCAUCCAUCCAUAUAGUAGAAAAGCAGCUCAAAUUACGAGGGAGGCCCACAAACAAGAAAAAAAGGAAAAGUUGAAGAAUGAAAAGGCAUUGCGGCUCAAUCUUAUUGGUGAAAAACUGCAGUGGUUUCAAAAUCAUCUGGAUCCCAAAAAAGGAGGGUAUUCAAAGAAAGAUGCUUGUGAAUUAAUUGAAAGGUAUUUAAAUCGAUUCAGCAGUGAGCUGGAGCAGAUUGAAUUACAUAACAGCAUCAAAGACAGGCAGGGAAGGCGGCACUGUUCCCGGGAGACAGUCAUCAAACAGACGAUGGAGCGGGAGCGACAGCAGUAUGAAGGCUAUGGCCUCGAGAUUCCAGAUAUUCUAAAUGCAGGUAAUCUGAAAACUUUUAGGGAAUGGGAUUUAGAUCUGAAGAAAUUGCCAAACAUUAAAAUGAGAAAAAUGUGCGCUAACGAUGCAGUUCCCAAGAAGCACAAGAAGAAAACUACUACACCUGUGGACAAAGAUUUAGAGGAGCUACAGCUACAUGAGGAAUCAAGUGACUCAGAUGAGGAAAUGACUGCAGUGGCCUAAUUGUUCUUUAUUUGAGUUGAAAAUAGGUAAUUUGAGAACCUCAAGUUA